AUGGGGGGCAGCAGCUCGGCCCUGAAAGUUUGCACAGAUCACCAGGGAGGAAUCAACUGGCUCAGCCUCAGCCCCGAUGGGCAGUGGCUGCUGACCGGCAGCGAAGACGGCACCGCGCGACUCUGGAGCACUGCGGACAGCCAAUGCAGGGGCCAUUUUCAAGGGCAUGAAAGCUACAUCACUUUUUGCCACCUAGAAAACGAAGCGGCCUUCACGUGUAGCGCGGAUCACACCAUUCGGAAGUGGGAUGUAAUGACCGGCCAGUGCCUGGCAGUUUACCGAGGGCACACCUCCAUUGUGAACAGGAUCCUGGUUUCCAAGGACUAUCUCUUCAGCGGCUCCUAUGACCGAACAGCACGCUGCUGGAGCGUGGACAAAGAGAAGCCGAUCCAGGAGUUCCGGGGCCAUCGGAACUGUGUCCUGACUUUGGCUCUCUACUCCUCCAAGGAUCUCCUCGAGGAUUCCGAAGGGGAGGAGUCAGAGGAAGAGAAAUUAAGCAAGGACUUCCUGGUGACGGGAAGCACAGACUGCACGGUCAAGGUCUGGUGGGUGUCCAGCGGGCGUUGCCACCAGACUCUGCUGGGACACACUGGGGCCAUCCUAUGCCUUAUACUUGAUGCUCCGAACAGGGAACUCUUUUCGGGCAGCACUGAUUACACCAUUCGGACGUGGAACAUCGUGACCGGCGAGCAGCUGAGGGUGAUCAAAGAGCACCAAGGAGCCAUUAUCUGCCUGGAGGUGAGCGAGAGAGGUGGUUCAUUCCAAGGAACGAGGGCCUAA